AGAUUCAGCCCACAAGGCCAUAACAAAAUAGCCCCGCCCCCCCUCCCCUAGGGUUUCACUACAUAUGUAACCCUCUCGCGCAAACACUCCUCUUUCCGCGCCGCCUCCCCUCCCGCCCUCUUGCUCCGCCGGCGCGGCCACCGCCACCGCCACCGCAACAGCUAGUCAGCAGAUCGUAACCAUGGCGGAUUCGAAGGCCGCUGCGGCGGUGACGCUCCGCACACGCAAGUUCAUGACCAACCGUCUUCUCUCCCGCAAGCAGUUCGUGCUCGAGGUCAUCCACCCCGGCCGCCCCAACGUCUCCAAGGCGGAGCUCAAGGAGAGGCUGGCGAAGAUCUACGAGGUGAAGGACCCAAACUGCAUCUUCGUGUUCAAGUUCCGAACCAACUUCGGAGGCGGCAAGUCCACCGGCUUCGGUCUCAUCUACGACAACCUUGAGGCCGCCAAGAAGUUCGAGCCCAAGUACCGCCUCAUCAGGAACGGCCUUGCUACCAAGGUAGAGAAGUCACGAAAGCAGAUGAAGGAACGUAAGAACAGGGCGAAGAAAAUCCGUGGUGUGAAGAAGACAAAGGCUGGAGAUGCCAAGAAGAAGUAAGGGAGGAAGUUACUUGCCUUGCUCUUUCUCUCAUCAUAGGCUUUGGUUUGUUUAGGGUGGGGCUCCUUCCGGCAAUGCUGAAUGUUUAGUUAGAAGUAGAGAAGAUUUUGCCAAUUACCCAUCAUGUUGAGUUUCUCGUCGCACCUUCUGUUCAGUUUUGAGGCACUUUGUCAGAC